AUGGCCGGCACCGUACGACAACCUAUUGACAUCGCCUCGCUGGAGCGCUACAUUACUGCCAAUGUGCCUGAGAUUUCCGUACCACUCGAUGUUAAACAGUUUGGAUAUGGACAGUCGAAUCCAACAUAUCAAUUGACAGACCAAAAUGGCAAAAAGUAUGUUAUGCGGAAGAAGCCCCCAGGGCAACUUCUGUCAAAGACAGCACACAAAGUCGACCGCGAAUACCGAAUCAUCCACGCGCUAGAGAAGACAGACGUCCCAGUUCCCCGAGCACUAUGUCUCUGCCAGGACGAGAAGGUCAUCGGUACCGACUUCUACAUCAUGGACUUUCUCGAUGGGCGCAUCUUCGAGGAUCCCGCGAUACCAGACGUGACGGCUGAAGAGCGAUCGAAGAUGUGGCGCUCCGCAAUAACAACCCUUGCUAAAUUCCACCGCGUCGUCCCAAAGGACGUAAAACUCGAAUCUUACGGCAAGAGCUCGGGCUUCUACAACCGUCAAAUCGCAACCUUCAACACCAUCUCACAAUCACAAGCUUCCGCAAAGGACAAGGAGACUGGAGAAGUAGUCGGCAAGAUCCCGCAUCAAGACGACAUAGUAGCCUUCUUCAGCGACGCAAGAACACAGCCCAAAGACCGCGCAACCUUUGUACAUGGAGACUACAAGAUCGAUAAUGUUGUGUUUCACAAGACAGAGCCGAGGGUUAUUGGCAUCCUCGACUGGGAAAUGAGCACAAUCGGCCACCCCCUCUCCGACCUCAACAACCUCCUUGCGCCCUUCGUCACCGCCUCUUCCCAAAAGGCUCUUGCCAUCGGACGCGCGCAUCAGGGUUUCCAACUCAAUGCUACACCGGGCCUACCCUCGCGUGAUCAACUGAUAGAGUGGUACUCGGAGGUAGCCGGCUGGGAUCCCAGACCGGACUUCACCUGGGGAGAUGCUUUUAGUACGUAUAGGAGCGCGAUCAUCAUGCAGGGUAUUGCAGCGCGGUAUGCGUUGAGACAGGCGAGUAGUGCACAGGCGCAAACCUAUGGACAGAUGAUGAAGCCGUAUGCCGAGAUUGCAUGGGAUUUGGUGCAAGAGUACAAGAAGGGGCAUGAGAAAGCCAAGUUAUAG